AGAAGCUGGAGGACCGCACGUGUCGUCCAGUGUCAAAAUGGGGAAAAGAAACCAGAAACAGCAGCUUUUCACAACUUUAACCAAGAAACAGAAGAAACACUUAAAGGAAUUCGGAGAGGAGCAUCCGUUUCAUGAUGUAGUCGGUGCAAGAUCUGAACGAACUGAGAUAUUGGAACUGCCAGCCAGUCCAGAACAUUCAGAUGUUGAGCCUGAUGAGUUGGAGGAUGGGAAUGAGGAAGAGGAGCCCGAGCAGAAAUCAGCCUAUCAGAAGCUUCUUUCAACUCUCAGCAAAGCCACCAGUAAUGACCAGAGUGAAGAGGAGAGCACCGAUGAUGAUGAAGAGGAGGAGGAAGAAGAAGAGCUUCUUGGUGAAGUGGACAGUGAUGGAGUUGAUGAUGACAGUGAGCAUGAUGAAGGAGGUGAGGAAGAACCUGAGGAUGCAGAUGAGGCUCUGACUGAAGCGCUGGAAGGAGAGGAGAUGAAGGAGGCAGGAGAUGAGUUUGAAGACAAGGAACAUGAGACUCAGUUCUGUCUGGAGACCAACUUCACAGAGGAGGGAGGACAAGAGGACGCUGACAGCGAUGCAGAGCAGGAUGACAGCAAGGACAUAUUUGUGCAGCAUUUGAACACGGAGCUUAGUGAAGACGAUGUGCAGAAGAUGACAUCUGGCAACAAAACUAAGGCUCAGAUUACGUGGCCAAAACUGGGCUCUUUACUUUGUACCAAUCCCCUGGAGAAGUUUGGACCCAUCGGCCCCCACAGAGACACACACCUGCCAGUGUUCCACAGGGUUCUGGAGAGCCACUGGAGGGAUCUGAACAAGAUCUCCAACUUUAAGGGGGUGUCGGAGGAGAUCAGCCCACUGCAGCAAGAGCUGCUGUCUCUGAUGGGCUCCUACAAGGACUUCUACUUCCCAGAGAUGUGCCCUGUGAACCAGGGCCCACAGGUCUGCAGCACAUACUGCCUCCACGUGCUCAACCACGUGCUGAAGGCCAACUCCAGAGUCCUGGCCCACAACGCGCUGCUGAGGGAGCAGAAGACCCAGAACAGAGCUGGAGCUGAGCCAAAGGACGAACCCAGAGACCAGGGACUGACCCGGCCCAAGGCCCUGAUCCUGGUUCCGUUCCGCGCUGGAGCUCUGCGAGUCGUCCAGACGCUCAUCGGCUUGCUGGAGACAAAAGGCAAAAAGAUCGUGGUGAGCAACAAGAAGAGGUUCAAAGAUGAGUUCGGAGAGGAGGAAGAUGAAAAUCCGUCCAAUCUGCAGAGACCAGACGAUUACCGCACAAUCUUCUCGGGCAACGUGGACGAUCACUUCAGGAUAGGAUACUCCUUCUCCACACCACACCAGAACUGUGUCAGUGGUGUGCUUGAGUACCUCAUCUUCAGGCUCCUAUCUGAGGACACAUCUAUGAGGUCUUCUUGCAGUCUGGCGGGAAUGCUGCUGUUAAUGCACGUCACAAAUGGAUUACGCACCCAGUCCAGUGUGGAUGACUUGUUUUCAAUAUCAGGCAUCUCCAUCGUUAGGAACAGCCUACGUCUGUACGCCCCCUUUUACUCCUCCGACAUCAUCAUUGCGUCUCCGCUGGGCCUCCGCACAGUGCUGGGAGCAGAAGGAGAAAGUAAGAGAGACUUUGACUUCCUCUCCUCCAUCGAGAUGCUGGUAGUGGACCAGGCGGACGUCUUACUCAUGCAGAACUGGGAACACGUGUUGCAUGUGAUGCAGCACAUUAACCUGCAGCCGCUAGACCCUCAUGGAGUGGACUUCUCCAGGGUGAGGAUGUGGAACCUGAACAACUGGGCCCGGCACUACCGGCAGACGAUGGUGUUCAGCUCCAUCCAGGACCCUCAGAUCAACAACAUCCUCACCAAGCAGUGCGCCAACUACCGCGGACAGUGGCUGGCACCUUAUAUCGACUGUCAGAACGGUGCGCAGGCACACGAAGUGGAACGUGGCAGUGGCAUCUACGGGCGGACGCGACACAUUGACAGAGAUGCUGCAGAAGCAUGCUCUCGCUGCAUCUGGUGGAAGCGCCAAUCAGCGUUCAUCACUAUGUUCGCAGAACCCGGCACAACAUUCGCGAACGUAGAUGUCUAUGCAGUAAUUCUUCCUUACGCAGCGAGAUGUCUAGAACCAGCUCGGUUCUUGACCGACAAUGGAGGGGCCUUGUAUGGUGAAACUACUACAUGGAGCCGGGAGGGCAUGCACCUGAAGAACAUUGACCUGAGACGGUGUCUCACGCUCAUGGUUUCCUGGUAUCACAGCGAGUAUCAUCUGCAAUACGAUCCCGACUUAUCGCAUGUAUGUGCAUCUUUUGUGAUUGACUCUUGGCACCACUAA